CUGGCCGAGCCGGCAGACAAACGUCACUUCCUCAAGUUAUUUUCAUUUGAGGCAAACGCCAGCAGUUACCUAGCGAGUACAUUAUAUACCAAAGAAAACGUUACUAUUUUAACUUACAAUAUUUUAGGGUGGAAACGACAUUGCCUGUUUUUUUGUAAACUGUUGGACCCUACAAUGAUGCAAGAAAUAGCAACUACCUAACGCGUUAGCGUCAGCAAAGACAAAAAAACGUGCGUUUGCGACCAGAAGUAUCGUUAGUUGACCAGCUAACGUUAGCUAGCUAGUAUAGGUUAAUUGGCUACCUAUUGUUAGCUGCCUUUUCCUGUUACCGUUGGUGUGGUAGUGUUAGCUACAAUCUGACGCUUUAGCUAGCUGACUUACUCAGACUUGUGAACGGAUGGAGUGCCCUCAUCUGAACUCAAACGUGAGCUGUCCCAUCGAUACCUCUAGGUUCCCUAACGGUACUCCGUCUUCCUGGUGUUGCAACGUUUGCAGGUCUAAUAAAAGUCCAUGGAUUUGCCUUACCUGUCUGAUGGUCCAUUGUGGAAGAUACGUCAAUGGACAUGCAAAGAAACACUUUGAAGACAGCCAAGUUGUUGGCAUUAGUCAAAAGAAGGGUGAGAAACAGGAAAAAGAGAAAUCCCAUCAUUCUGUCUGCAUGGACUGCAGCAACUACAGCAUAUUUUGUUACAGAUGUGAUGACUUUGUUGUCAAUGACACCAAACUUGUGCAGGUGCAGAAAGUGAGGGAACAUCUGCAGAGCUUAGAAAACUCAGCACUGAUGGGUGACAGACAAAGGAAAAGAAAACUCCAGGAAAGCCCAGCUCCAGACGGAAAGUUGUUGAAAGACAAUGAGGUGGCGGCUUUAGGCGCUACAGGCCUGCGGAAUUUAGGCAACACUUGCUUCAUGAAUGCAAUUCUGCAAUCCCUCAGCAAUAUCGAGCAGUUCAGCUGUUAUUUCAAGGAGUUGCCUGCAGUGGCUCUACGCAGUGGUAAGACGGCAGGAAGAAGGAUGUACCACACCCGAAGCCAAGGGGACAACAGUGUGUCUUUGGUGGAGGAGUUCAGGAAAACCCUUUGUUCCCUGUGGCAAGGAAGCCAGACAGCCUUCAGUCCAGACUCCUUAUUUUAUGCUAUAUGGAAAAUCAUGCCAAGUUUCAGGGGCUAUCAGCAGCAGGAUGCACAUGAGUUUAUGCGUUACCUGCUGGACCACCUCCACAGGGAGCUUCAGUAUAGUCGCAACGGUGCGUCUCAUUCACUCUCACCUCAGGAUGGGGUCAGACUCUCCACGGCAGAGGGCAAAUGCUACAUAAAUGGGACUGCCAGUGUAGUCACAUCCAAUUUUGGUGGCAUACUUCAGAAUGAAGUCAACUGCCUGAUAUGUGGAACAGAAUCUCGGAAGUUUGAUCCAUUUCUUGAUCUGUCUUUGGACAUUCCCAGCCAGUUCAGGCAAAAGAGAAGUAAGGACAAGGAGCCAGGGCCGACCUGCACUUUACGUGACUGCGUACGUAGCUUCACUGACCUGGAAGAACUUGAUGAAACAGAGCUGUACUAUUGCCAUAAGUGUAAAAAGCGACAGAAAUCCACAAAGAAGUUCUGGAUCCAGAAGCUGCCAAAGGUUUUGUGUCUGCACCUUAAAAGGUUUCACUGGACGGCCUUUUUGAGAAACAAGGUGGAUACCUAUGUGGAAUUUCCACUGAAAGGCAUGGACAUGAGAGGCUACUUACUUGAGCCAAUGAUUCAUUCCGGAGCUGCCUGAUGACCUUUUUGCUUUAGUGCUCAUGGAUUGGGGGUGGGAUCAGGACAUUAUACAGCAUAUGGCAGCCACGAGGGUCGGUGGUACCACUUCAACGACAGCACAGUGACUCUGACCAAUGAGGACACGGUGAGGAAGGCCAAGGCCUACAUCCUCUUCUAUGUGGAGAGGACUGAACAGGAGGCCUCGGACAAGACGGCCAGGAACAAGCCUGCUGUGGACACAGCAGCCAUGGACAGUGGUCCCUCAGAAGCAGUUGCUCAGGACAAGGCUGCAGCAGCAGAUACGGUUGCCACAGACAUGGUUUUGAUGGCUGUGCCAGCCUCACACAUGAAUACCCAGGACCUGGCAGUCCCAGAUAAUGCUGCAUUGGAAAAUGUGGGUGAAGACAUGGCUGAACUGCAUAAAGCCGACACAGCUUCAACGGAGGCUGCGACAGAUAGGGAUACCUCAGACAAGGCUGCAAGAGAGGAAGCCAGCCAAGCUAUACAAGCCGUUGCACAAUGAUUCUGUCAGACUGCCUCAGACCAGCUCCUCACUCCAUGUUGUCUUCACCUCAAUCACAUUUCUCACAGUGCUUGAUUUUAAAUAGUUAAUUUCCACAUUUUAAUGUAAGGAAGUCCAACUAUUUAGUUGAUUAUGACCUGCUUGACAGCAACAUGCAAAAUUUGCUGCUUGAAUUUUGUUAGAAUUACUUUUUGUGCGUAUUUUCUUGAUGUUAUAUCCUGAAUCAGUUGAGGUAGACUUCUCUUUGUCAUAGAUUCCAAAGGUUUACGAUAAUGAACUAAAGCUGUAGUGUUGGAAAACUCUCAGUUGGUCCAAUGUAGCCUAGACUGAACAUAUUGAUUGUGUCAAGACACUGUCAUUGUAACAAUAUUUGGAGUUUCUAUUGUUUUGUUUUUAAAGUGUCUAAUUUUGUCAUUCCGACCUCUAGAGAACCUUGUAGUUUUGUUUUCCAGUUAUUUGGGAAGAUUUUAGGACAUAGAAUGCAAUGCAUUUAUGGACUGACAAGUGCUAAUUAAGGCUUUAGAAAGUUGUUUUAACUUCUUAACCAGAACCAAUGUGAAAAAUCAUUAUUCUUAAAUUGUUUUGUUUGUCUGUAUUGAUGCUGAAGUUUAAUUUGCCAUUUUACGUUGAUCCUGAGGAAAUUCUCUUUUUAAAAACAUGUAUCGGACAAAGUUAACAUGACAAAAUACAAUCUUUUUCAAACCUGUUUCGUUUUUUUUCAUCCAUGGAAAAAAA